AUGUCGCGAACUCGUGAGAACGUGCUAAGCUCACGGGGCUUCAUGAGUUCCUCCUCCAGCAUCCCCUUUGUGAAUACGAUCUCGCUCCCAAACAUCCCACGCAUGACGGAUGACAAGAGCAAGGUGCGCUACAUGACCGAGUAUGAGAAAUACGAACAGGAGUUACGUCGCCACCACCUUGGCCCCCCGGAGACCUCCAUCACCAUGGGUCUUAAGGAUGUCGUGGGUGAGUUUGAUCGCUCAGUUCCUCGCAUCAACGAACCAACCGCGGCUGAAAAAGAGUUCGAGCGCUAUCUAAAGCUCCGGAAUGAGGCGCGGAAGCGUCGGAACCAAUUUCGCCCGUUUGUUCCGCGCGCCCAAAGGAAAAAACCCCAACCACUCGUGGUGGUGGAUGAAUUCCGUGUUAGUGAAAGCCAAAAUGGCGAGUCGAACGCCAACGAGGAGGACGCUUCGGCCGCCAAAACGACCCCUGUCGCCGCAGACGGCGAAAGUUGUGCGGCAAAACCCUCCAAAGACGGGGAAGGCUCCCCCCCGAUCACAGCCGAGGCCGCUUCACUUCCGAAAAUCGUUCUGGCAAAGCGAUACGUUAACCCCAUCCGAACCCCCUCUACAGUGAGUCGAUGCAACAGUCGGGAACGAGGGGUGGACUCGAACGAGACGGAGACGCUCAAGGAAACCCCCCAGUGGAACCCUGAACGCAAGCGGAGCCCCGAACGUAAGCGGUUGCCGCGCGCGAGUGCUCAAGAAGAGAGCUCGCCACCUCGUACUCAAGCCCCUCCGGGGAUGGGCAAAGAGUUGGAGAACUGGCUUAAGGAUGAGCUCAACAAGAUCUCCCCCACCCAAACGUAUCGUAAAAUCGACCUCAAACCCGACGCGAACGAUCCAAAACCUUCCGAAAUGGAUGCCAACGUCUGUGCAGAGCUGCUGCGGAUUCUUCUUUGUCCGCAGGAUAAGUACUCCGAGUCCGUUGGCGUCUCGAUGGAUCACAUGGACCUAACCUGGUUGAAGAAGAACCGCCAACCGCCGAUCAACCUCAAAUCGAUUCAGGAUUUGCGGCCCCUUUGCCUGGAUAACAUCAAGGACGGGGCCGCGUUACCCAUCCUCAACUCCCCUCGCUCCGUGCUCGUGCUGCUUCGAAAUGGGGUCGCGGUUAACGACCUGCAGCCGGCGAAGAUCGCGUCGGAGGAGAUGAUCCAAAGAGAUAGUGAGCUUUUAUGCCUUGCCUCCUCCGCGCGGAUAGAUCAAACGAACCCCAACGCGCUCCUGGAGAUGAUGCAUUCGUAUCGGUUGGAAUGGGAUAAGAAACGCCGCACCCAGCUCUUCGCCUUCCUCCUCGAGGAUUAUCACCAGCUGUGUGGGCAGGUAUCGUUAAACGCGAUUGUGGAGGCCUUUCAGAUCCCACCAAACCUGCAAGAAACCAGACCCCUCUCAAUCUCCUUCGAGCAGCGACGGGAGCGGUUGCAGAAGGUGUUCGCCACGAAUAAAGCACGCAUGGAGAAGAACCUCUCGAUGACUAAUCUUCUGAGCGAGCAAAAGAAAGCCAGCGAGCGGCAUCGGCUUCAGGUUCAAGCGGAGGCCCGCGCGGCGAUGGCGGAGAAAGCACUGAAAGAAGCCCAAGCACGGGAAAAGCAGCGGGAGCGCCUGGAGGCCCAACAGCUUAAAAAGCGACAAAUGGAGGAGGUCUUUCAACGGAUGAUUGAGGAAAAGCUCGCGAAGGCGGCGCAGCGAAAUCGAGAGCGCCAAGAAGCAAAGGAGCGGUUGUACACCCAGCAGCGCCUGAAGCAGGUGGCCCUCAGCGCCAGACACUCCCAACGCUUCGAGCGGAACGCCGAAAUGCAGCUCCGGAUGGAAGAGGAGGUGGAGCGAAGGCGGGUCGAGAAAGAAGCCAAGAUCGAUUUUAUGAAAUUUCUGCAGCUGGAACGACUUGCCAAGGAGCGCGAGGAGCAGCGGGUGUUGCAGAUGAAAGCCGCGAGAGAGCGGGAGGCGAUGCUACGCCGUAUCGCCGAAAGGCAGGCGGCGACGCUCGAGGCCGCGAUACUACGACAGCAAAAAGCCGAAGCGCAUUUGCAGGAAUUUCGCAAAAAAUGCGAGGAGGAGCGCGCCGCCCGCGCCACGGAGGAAGAAGAACGUCGGAAACGGCGACUCCAGGCAUCCGCUAAGGCAGUGGAGCUUCAUGAAAGCCUUCGCUCACGCAUCAUGGAAAAGGUUCAAGAACGCGACAAGGCGUAUAUGAACAUACAACGAGAAGGCCUCUUCAAACGCGCCGUUCAUCGUGAACAAGAGCGGGAGAUCGAAGCGGUAAGGUCCUUCGCAGUGCUUCAGAAGCAGCGGGUUAAGGCGUUCUGUAGACUACAUACCAUCUUAGAUCUUAUGGAAAAGGAAAGAAUUGCGGAACAGGUGGAGAAGCAACGGGAAGAAGUCUUGGAAGAGAACCGCAAGAUCAAAGAGGUGCUGAGCAAAGAGCGCGAAAACUUACAACGAAAGUUUAAGGUAGAGUGA